AUGGACAAAUUAGGACCCCAAGCAAGGGCCCUUAUGGGCCAUUCCUCGUCCCUUGCGGUUCCCCAGGAGUUGGACUUUUUGAUUAACGAUCUCAGAGCACCAAAGCCAGACGUUACAGUCUCCAAAGUGCUCGGCUACAUCUACCAUUACCUUCCAUUUGUGAAGCACGAACACAACUUGAGGCUAGUGGUGGCCAGCUUCUUGAAUUCACCAGUAUGUUUUGGCUCUGUCGUCCCUUCUUUCGAAGAUAACUACUUGAUAAUUGAAGUGUUCAAGUUGAUUCUCGACAAGAAGCUCAAGGUAUCGCAACCCACCCUCGACAUCAAGACAUUUUACACGGUGCUUUUGAAGGAGCUCACCCAUUUCGUGGACUUCAAUCCCUACCAGAACAGCUGGAAGGUGUUGCCUAUCAUCUCCGGUAUCCAAUUGGCCCUGGAAUUGAGGGAUCAGCUUUACUCCAAGAACAACUUCAUUCAGUACGGCUGGUUUUUCCGUGACUACGAUAGUAAAUUGAGGCAGUUAUUCCAAAGGGCUAUGCGCUACAGUAUCUCGCCCACUUUUGACGACAACGUCAUUAAUCUUUCAUUAUUAAGUUUGGCAGUGACGUUCAAGAAAGAUGAUAAAAUAGAAGACUUCACAAAGGGCAUUUCUACCCACUUCUUGGCCCAGAGGACGUUUGAAUUAUUAUACUUGAACCACGAGAGCUCCAACUUGAUCUACUCCAAGUUCUACCACUUUGCAUUGACUCCAAACUUGGACGAAAUAAUCCAGAAAGAAAUUAUGCAAAAACCAGUCAUCAAACAUAUGAACAAAUUAUCGUUUCUCCUUGAAGCUUAUUUCGAAACUUUGGAUUAUAACAACGACUCCUACGAGUUGAUCAUGAAUAUUUGCCUGCAAUUGCAGCACUUCAACCGAGGCUUAAGCUCGUCCGUCCAAAAAUCAAUUUUCAAUGAUCCUAAAGGAUCAAGCAAUCCACAGGCCCCAUUCCAGCAUUUCUGGUUUUUGAUGAAAGGUAUAUUGUUUCUGGAGGUGAUUAUUUUCCAAGGCAUAUUGACACGUUUUCUUUCCUCAAAGAACAGAAACUACUUACCGAUACUUCAACGCAACCAGAACGAGGUCAAAGAAGCAGAGUACAAACAGAUUUCACUCAAGAUAUUGAACAAUUUAUACUACCUCAACUUUAUCCUACUUUCAAUUGGACAAGGUGGGUUUGAUAAUUACAAUUUUGUUUACUACUUGGCAAUUGAAAUAGCUUUAUCUGGUGGUGUAUCAUUUGAAAAGUUCACAAUGCAUUUGAUUGGGGACUAUAAUGAAGUCAACUUGUAUGCUGAUGCCUUGAAUAAAAACUAUGUGGGGAGAUCCAAGGUGUUAUUCGUCUUAGGUUUAUGGGAGAACUAUUUACAGCUGGGUACCAAAAAUAUUGACUUCACUAAAGGAGAAAUCUAUGAUUUGUGUAUCCAUUUGGCUGACGAUGCCAAGUACUCUGACAAUGACUUGAUUGAGGCCUCGCACUCGGUUCUUCUCUUGUGUUUCUCGGCACAGGGAAAUAUUCAAGAGUACAUCCAAUAUGUUGAGCUUUUAUUCGGACAAUUUCCAAGUAGAUUGUCCUCAAACCAAUUGAGUAUUGCUAUUGAGACGUUGGGAAAGAAGAUCCUCUCUAACCCUAUUGUUUUACAUGGCAGUAGAACAUCUGCCGAUGAGUUCCUUGAGUUUUUAUUAGCAAGAACUUCAGAACUAAAAUCUGGUAUUCCCAUCAAAGCACCAUCUGUUCAAACUGAUACAUUCUCCUCUGCCCAACCAAUACCAGAAAUAGAAGCAAAUUCCACUCUUCGUAAUAUGGGCGAAAAGAAGAGAAAGGAAAACGAUAUCAUAAAGGCAAACAAAAGAAAGAAGCCAAAGGAUUUGAUGAGGAUCGACCUUUUGCCUCCGGGCAAGGUAGCCAAAGAUUACGUUUUCCGGAACAGGAUCAUCCUGGAGACUACCAGAGAAGCAUACAUCACUUCUUUUAUUAAUGUCGUACCUUACCUUCCGUUGUCCGUUUUUUCUUAUUGGUUAGACAACAUUUGGGAACUUAUCCAAGAAAGUGAUCCAGAAGAGCGUAACUUCUUGACGUCUGUCUUAUGGAGAGUUCUUUCGGAGAAUUUGGAUUUGAAUAGAUCUGAAUUGGCAUACAGGUGGUGGUACCUCGAGAAAGAAAUCCCCCAAGCCCCGCAGGGCGUCCACUUAUAG